AUGUUGAGGGCUGUUUCACGUUCAGCGACAAGAGCCAGAUCUUUACAACUACUAAAUCAGUCCAAUAGCAUCAUAAUCAGACAAGGGUUACACCAUACUGCAAGCAUAAGGCAUGCAGCACCAGCAGGUCCAUUUGAUUCUGCAACAGAACUCCAAACUGUCCCCCAAGAAUCCAACGUAAAUGAUUUUUCCAAGUCCAACAUAUUUGUCCAUAGAUUACCUGAAUCAACAGCUGAGCAGUCACCUUUACUUGUGUCCCUUCACAGCAGACUCAAUUUGAGUCCCCGGUUCAAAUUAAGUACCCUUUCCCAGUGUCUCAAUAUGGUGAAAACAUCAAGUCCAGAGGGUGAAGGAUUAGCCAACAAUUUCGGGUUAAACACAAUGGGUAAAACAUUAUUAAGUUACUAUGUAACAGAGCAUCUUUUGUUGCAUUAUCCUAGGUUACCAAUGAGUAUACAUAACGCUGCUGUUGACUCGUUGAUGGGAGUGGAAGCUUUGUCUCAAAUUGGAAAAUCGUUUGGUAUUGAAGUUGACUCAGUAUCGAAAUUGGAUAGGUUCUUGGGUCAAGAGUCUGAGUUUAUCAAGUAUGGUAGAUUGAGAUUUAUGACAAAUGACGAAAUUGAGAACAAGGUGAAUGUACACGGGAUUGAAGAAGUUAUUGGUGGCACUUCAAGUAAACAUAGAUUGUUGAAACAAGAGGAUCUUGCUCACGCAUCAGCGGUCAGGUCGAUAGUUGGCGGAAUAUAUACUCAUUGUGGUGAAGAUGCGGCUAGGCAAUUCAUAUCUGACCACAUCUUGUCAAGAAAAUUGCCUUUGGAACAAAUGUUUGAAUUUGAUAAACCAAUUGCUGAAUUGAUUAGAUUAUGUGACAAGUUGGAAUUCAAAGAACCAGUAAAGAUCAGACUCAUUGCAGAAACUGGUAGGAAAUCCGCUCACCCACAGUUUUUGGCUGGUGUUUUUGUUGGAACUGAGAAAUUGGGUGAAGGUAUUGGAUCCAGUUUGAAAGAAGCACAAAUCAGGGCCAGUGUUAAUAGUUUGUUGGGAUACUAUUUAUAUUCCCCAAUUAGCACUGAUGGUAGUCAAGUAAAGGUGCCAAGCGAUACUGAGUACAAGUUUGAGGGCAUUGUUGAUGGAGGAGAGGUUGCUAUAUGA